CCACUCUGCGCGCUGCAGGAGAGAGCGGCAGACGGAGGCGGCCCCGGGGAGCGAGCCGGAGCGACGCCCGCGCGGCAGCGGCGGCUGCGGCGCUGACACCCCCAGGGCAGGGGGUCCCCGGCGGCCGGAGCGUUCCAUUUUGAACCCAAAGUGGAUGAUGCUGUCAGGGCUGAACCACUGACCAGAGUCUGAAAAAUUCCCAUCUUCUCGUUGGCCAUCCAUUGAGAUAAGAUGGAAGACUCUUACAAGGAUAGGACUUCACUGAUGAAGGGUGCCAAGGACAUUGCCAGAGAGGUAAAGAAGCAAACCGUAAAGAAGGUGAAUGAAGCCGUGGACCGGGCCCAGGACGAAUACACCCAGAGGUCCUACAGUCGGUUCCAAGAUGAAGAAGAGGAUGAUGACUAUUACCCGCCUGGAGAAACCUAUGAUGGGGAGGCCAAUGAUGAUGAAGGCUCCAGCGAAGCUACAGAGGGUCACGAUGAAGAUGAUGAGAUCUACGAAGGGGAGUAUCAGGGCAUCCCCAGUAUGAGCCAAGGGAAAGACAGCAUCGUGUCAGUGGGGCAGCCCAAGGGUGAUGAGUACAAGGACCGACGGGAGCUGGAGUCAGAGAGGAAAGCUGACGAGGAGGAACUAGCCCAGCAGUAUGAGCUGAUAAUCCAGGAGUGUGGUCACGGUCGUUUUCAGUGGGCCCUUUUCUUCGUCCUGGGCAUGGCCCUGAUGGCGGAUGGCGUGGAGGUGUUUGUCGUUGGCUUCGUGUUGCCCAGCGCUGAGACAGACCUAUGCAUACCAGAUUCAGGAUCCGGCUGGCUAGGCAGCAUAGUGUACCUCGGGAUGAUGGUGGGGGCGUUCUUCUGGGGAGGCCUGGCGGACAAAGUGGGAAGGAAGCAGUCUCUUCUGAUUUGCAUGUCUGUCAACGGAUUCUUUGCCUUCCUUUCUUCAUUUGUCCAAGGUUAUGGCUUCUUUCUCUUCUGUCGCUUGCUUUCUGGAUUCGGGAUUGGAGGAGCCAUUCCUACCGUGUUCUCCUACUUUGCUGAAGUGCUGGCCCGAGAGAAGCGGGGCGAGCAUCUGAGCUGGCUCUGCAUGUUCUGGAUGAUCGGCGGCAUCUACGCCUCUGCCAUGGCCUGGGCCAUCAUCCCGCACUACGGAUGGAGCUUCAGCAUGGGGUCGGCCUACCAGUUCCACAGCUGGCGUGUGUUCGUGAUCGUCUGCGCGCUCCCCUGCGUCUGCUCGGUGGUGGCCCUCACGUUCAUGCCUGAGAGCCCGAGGUUCCUGUUGGAGAUUGGAAAGCACGAUGAAGCUUGGAUGAUUCUGAAGUUAAUUCAUGACACCAACAUGAGAGCACGGGGCCAGUCUGAGAAGGUUUUCACGGUAAACAGAAUCAAAACUCCAAAGCAAAUAGAUGAGCUGAUUGAAAUUGAGAGUGACACAGGAACAUGGUACAGGAGGUGUUUUGUCCGGAUCCGCACAGAACUGUAUGGGAUUUGGUUGACGUUUAUGAGAUGUUUCAACUACCCAGUCAGGGAAAACACAAUAAAGCUUGCAAUCGUUUGGUUCACCCUGUCCUUUGGGUACUAUGGAUUGUCUGUUUGGUUCCCUGAUGUCAUCAAACACCUGCAGGCAGUCUCCUUGCCAAUGAGAGAUGUGCCAAGAGAGAGAUAUGCAAAUUUUACGAUUAACUUUACCAUGCAAAAUCAGAUUCAUACUGGAAUGGAAUACGACAAUGGCAGAUUCCUAGGAAUCAAGUUCAAAUCUAUAACUUUCAAAGAUUCGGUUUUUAAGUCCUGCACCUUUGAGGAUGUGACUUCAGUUAACACCUACUUCAAGAACUGCACGUUUAUUGAUACUGUCUUUGACAACACAGAUUUUGAGCCAUAUAAAUUCAUUGAUAGCAAAUUUCACAACUGCUCGUUUUUUCGCAACAAGACGGGAUGCCAGAUUACCUUUGAUGAUGACUAUAGUGCCUACUGGAUUUAUUUUGUCAACUUCCUGGGGACACUGGCGGUGUUGCCAGGGAACAUUGUGUCUGCUCUCCUGAUGGACAGAAUUGGGCGCUUAACAAUGCUAGGUGGCUCUAUGGUACUUUCUGGGAUCAGCUGUUUCUUCCUUUGGUUCGGCACCAGCGAAUCCAUGAUGAUAGGCAUGCUGUGUCUGUACAACGGCUUGACCAUCUCAGCCUGGAACUCUCUCGAUGUGGUCACAGUGGAACUGUACCCCACGGACCGGAGGGCAACAGGCUUUGGCUUCUUGAAUGCCCUAUGCAAAGCAGCAACCGUCCUUGGAAACCUAAUCUUCGGCUCCCUGGUCAGCAUCACCAAAGCCAUCCCCAUCCUGCUGGCCUCCACCGUGCUUGUGUGCGGAGGACUGGUGGGGUUGCGCCUGCCGGACACACGAACCCAGGUCUUGAUGUAACGGGAAAAAAGCCAUCCGUCCUGUGUUUCUUUCUCCUGCCCUGUGUCAACCCUCCCGACUGACUCAAGGCUUCAGAUGUUUCAACUAUAAAAAGGUGGUCAAAUAUCAGAAUGCUAACUCUUGCUGUGACUAAAAUUCAGAUGCAUGCGUGUCUUGCCCCUUCAAUGUGAUUUUGCACAUUUUUUUUAACGCAUUGAUAUUUUUCCUAACUGCGAUGCUACUGCCUCCCAGGAAUCAAUGGAAGCAUUUUUUCAAAUGUUCUAGUCAGCCGGGCCUCCCUAAGCUUCUGCUCAGUGAAGUUUCAGAAGCUCAGAAGAGGACUGUGCUGCCGUAAGAAAUAGAUCCUGCUCCUGUUUCAACAUCCACAGGAAAUCUAAGUUGGCAUAUAAUUGUAUUUGUGCUGAGGAGAGGGAUUCCUUUUUUUUUUUUUUUCAAACAGAGUGAUAUUUCCUGUUUACUUAGAAAAGGAUACCCAGCAAUUCUUGCUGUGACAGCAGGGCCUUUCAAAGAAAACCAUGUGGUACCAAACAGAGCUGGGUGGGGCUCUUUCAGGCAUGACAAUUGAGGUGACUCCGCUGACAAGAAAAAUAAAGGCUGUGCACUUCGCUGCAAAGAUCUGAGUGAGCUGCAUAAGCAAGAUUUCUGCCGGAAAGCCCAAUUAAACUUCUAAAAAAUAGGAGGAAAAGGGACCGUCAGUGUCUGUGAUUGUGGCAUGUGGAUCAGAAUGUCAGAAAAUCAGAUCAGAGAAAGAGAGCUUCUGCCUCCAUUUACCCCGCGUCUCCCCACCUCUCCCCCAGCUGCCACUCGUCUUGCCAGAGAGCAGGUGCAAGGAAAGAAAGCCACCUUCUAAAACCUGGGUCUGCCUACCUGGUCCCGCCGGCCAUCCAGACUCUCUCCAGUCCAGAGACUGUCAGUCAUCUGAGUUAUACAUUGCAAGUUAGGAAGAAAUUCACACCUAAAGCCAUUUGGAAAUGCAAAAUGAUACCUCGAGGGUACCGCUUUCCUGAGGAACAGUGCCCCCGGGUAGUUGAUAUUGGACUUUCUGGCUGGCAUCACUGAAGUGGGUCCCGUUCCUCCAGUUUCUGCUGGGCUGGGGCACUGGGCACUGUGUUCCUGGCUGCUGGCUCUGUGUGAAAUCACAGCCUGCCAUUCUCCAAGGGCCCCUCUAGCAGACAACGUCAGCAUCUCCUGGUGGGUUUUGGCUGCUCAUUUUACCUCUGAAUCUGCCGGGCCUGGAAGAGAGAGGUCAGCAGGACAUUCCCACGGGCUGGCAGCUCCGUGACCUUCUCACCCCUCGGGCCUGCCCCUCCUCCAAGCUUGUCCUUUUUACUCAUCUUCUUUGAAAUUGGCAGCCUCCUUGUAGACUUGCAGUGAUGACCAGCAGCCAGGAAUAAAUCCCAUAUCAAAACAUUCCUUUUUUACUCUCUGUCCUGUUAGAGGGUUAUCUUCAUUACUUAUUAUAGGCAUUUCCAGCAGGCCACAGCCCUGGGGCCUCGGGGAGGGGACUGACUUUGUUUGCAGUAGUCAUUACAUCCAAAGAUGUCUUAACCCCAGAGGCCACUCGGCCUCCCUGCUCCCCCCACCCCACCCCGCAGUGAUCCUCCUGGAGCUCCAGACUGCAGG